AUGGUAUUACCAACCGUCCGCGUGGCCCCCUCGGCCGCCAAUAGAGCCCUCAACCUCCUGCGCACCGUUCAAUACACUCACCCGCCUUCUUGUCCCUGCCAUUCGAAUCCCAAUCACCACCAUCAUCAUCGCACCCCCACUCUGGCCGAACAUGUUCGCCGUCAUAUGGCCACUCCGGUCGAUCCUUCGCGCCAGAAGGAAUACGCCUUUGAAAUGGCCGCGUCUAGCAUCAGAUUUGGGCCCGGAGCCACGAAGGAGGUCGGAAUGGAUUUUGCCAACAUGAAGGCGAAGAGGGUCUGUGUCGUCACCGAUAGCACAGUGGCCAAAUUGGACGCUAUGAAGCAGGCUAUUGAGGGUCUAUCGCGUGAGGGUAUCGAGUUCACCAUCUUUGACAAGGUUCGGGUGGAGCCUAAGGACUAUUCAAUUAAAGAGGCGAUUGAUUUCGCAAAGCCUUAUAACCCGGAUGCAUUCCUUGCCGUGGGUGGUGGCUCGGUCAUUGAUACCGCAAAGCUCAUGAAUCUCUACACCGUCUUCCCUGAAGCUGACUUCCUGGAUUUCGUCAAUGCCCCUCUGGGCAAAGGUCUCCCGGUAACUAAGCCAUUGAAGCCCUUGGUAGCCGUGCCCACCACCGCGGGCACCGGAUCAGAAACCACAGGAACCGCGAUUUUCGAUCUGGUAUCCAAGAAGGCGAAAACCGGCAUCGCCCAUCGGAACCUGAAACCUACCCUGGGGAUCUGCGACCCGCUGAACACACGCACCAUGCCCUCCGCGGUUCAUGCAUCUUCCGGUCUGGACGUACUCUGCCACUCCCUUGAGUCGUGGACCGCUAUUCCAUACAAUGAGCGGACUCCGCGUCCCACCAACCCCAUCAAUCGUCCCGCGUACCAGGGGUCUAAUCCCAUCUCGGAUAUUUUCUCAUUGCAGGCACUCCGCAGCACAGUCAAGUAUCUCCCUCGGGUGGUCAAGGAUCCCAAUGAUAUCGAAGCUCAGUCGCAGAUGCUCUUGGCUGCGACACUAGCCGGCGUCGGGUUCGGCAAUGCUGGUGUCCAUCUCUGUCACGGCAUGAGCUACCCGAUUUCCAGCCAGAACCCCGGGUACAAGCACGCGGGCUACGAAGUCGACUACCCCAUCAUCCCGCACGGGGUGUCGGUCGCGGUCACGGCGCCGGCUGUCUUCCGAUUCACCGCCGCCUCCAACCCGGACCGACAUCUGGCCGCCGCUGAGGCGUUUGGGGUGGAUAUCUCCAACGUCAAGCGCGAAAGCGCCGGCGAGGUGCUAGGCGAAGCAUUGGCCGUCUUCCUUGACAAACUGGGUGACCAACCGCGCGGAUUGAAGGACCUGGGCUUCAAGCCGUCGGACGUGGAGUCACUGGUGGAAGGCACUCUGCCGCAAAAGCGCGUGCUCAUGCUGGCCCCUAACCUCAGCGAGGAAUUGGAGGCGGAGAAGACGGAGUUGAGAAAACUACUGGAACAGUCGAUGUCGUACUAG